GCAGGUUCUCUUUGAAGACCUGCUAGUCUGCACCGUCUAGCGUGAUUCUUGCCUGGUCUGUGUCCUCGCUUCCUCUUAGGUAUUUGUAGGAAAAUGAGGCCUCCAUCCACCAGGUCACCCUCACAAAGGUUACUCUGAGUCAUGGUUGACCAGCAGUCAGGAGUGCCAGAACUGAGUAACCCCACUGGAAUGUGGCCUGUGGCUACUGUUAUUGCCCCAGGUCAUUUAAAUGACAACUCCCUCCCGGAAUCCAUAGCGUCCCUCUUUGCCGUGGGGAGACUGUGGCUUUCCUGUGUCUGAGUCAGCAAGGUGGUCAGAGCCUGGCUCUCCCCUUUCCUGGGAAGUGAGGGCGCUUACUUGAAGCAUGCUGUCUCCUGUCCCAGAGGAACCACUGCUGCUGGCCGAACUCAAGCCCGGGCGCCCCCACCAGUUUGAUUGGAAGUCGAGCUGUGAAACCUGGAGUGUUGCCUUCUCCCCGGAUGGUUCCUGGUUUGCCUGGUCUCAAGGACACUGCAUUGUCAAGCUGAUCCCCUGGCCGCUGGAGGAGCAGUUCAUCCCUAAAGCAUUUGAAGCCAAAAGCCGAAGCAGCAAAAAUGAUACAAAGGGGCGAGGGAGCCCAAAGGAGAAGACGCUGGAUUGUGGGCAGAUUGUCUGGGGUCUGGCCUUCAGCCCGUGGCCUUCUCCACCUGGCAGGAAGCUCUGGGCGCGCCGCCAUCCCCAGGUGCCGGACGUCUCCUGCCUAAUCCUUGCUACGGGGCUCAACGAUGGGCAGAUCAAGAUUUGGGAGGUACAGACAGGGCUCCUGCUCCUGAACCUCUCGGGCCACCAAGACGUCGUGAGAGAUCUGAGCUUCACGCCCAGUGGCAAUUUGAUUUUGGUCUCUGCGUCUCGGGAUAAGACUCUUCGCAUCUGGGACCUGAAUAAACAUGGUAAACAGAUCCAGGUGUUAUCGGGCCACCUGCAGUGGGUUUACUGCUGCUCCAUCUCGCCAGACUGCAGCAUGCUGUGUUCUGCGGCUGGAGAGAAGUCGGUCUUCCUAUGGAGCAUGCGGUCCUACACAUUAAUCCGGAAGCUAGAGGGCCACCAAAGCAGCGUCGUCUCUUGUGACUUCUCCCCCGACUCGGCCUUGCUUGUCACGGCUUCUUACGACACCAGUGUGAUCAUGUGGGACCCCUAUACUGGCGAGAGGCUGAGGUCACUCUACCACACCCAGCUCAGCCCCGCCAUGGAUGACACUGAUGUCCACAUUAGCUCCCUGAGAUCUGUGUGCUUCUCUCCCGAAGGCUUGUACCUCGCCACAGUGGCGGAUGACAGGCUCCUCAGGAUCUGGGCCCUCGAAAUGAAAACUCCGAUUGCGUUUGCUCCUAUGACCAAUGGUCUUUGCUGCACAUUUUUUCCACAUGGUGGAGUUAUUGCCACAGGGACAAGGGAUGGCCACGUCCAGUUCUGGACAGCUCCUAGGGUCCUCUCAUCACUGAAGCACUUAUGCCGGAAAGCCCUGCGAAGUUUCCUGACAACGUACCAAGUGCUAGCACUGCCGAUCCCCAAGAAAAUGAAAGAGUUCCUCACGUACAGGACUUUGUAAGCAGUUCUCUGUAGUCUUUUCUUUGUAGCAGGAUAAAUCUCCUGACAAAGGAGUAGCUGGAAUAAUGGGCCAAACAUCUGGUCUUGGAUUGAAAUAGAAUUUCUCUUUGGGAUUGUGAAUAGAAUGUAGCAAAACCAGAUUCCAGCAGACUCGCCAUGAGUCUCUUCUCCGUGACAUGUGAGAGUCAGUCAUAGAUGACGGGGACCUUAAGUCCUCAGUCCGCUGACAGACAGCAAUGCUGGACCCUUUCUAGUCGUUUUGAUUUCAAGUGCGGUUACUCGUGUUUUUUUGCUGAUAGGAGCACCUGGACCCGGAGAGCCUCUCUGUAGUGGCAGACAAGUGUCAACUCCCUGGACGGGGUGUUGCCUCUGCCUCAUGUCCGUCAUUGUUUCAGAGGCAGAGGAGGCACUGUUGAGAGUUUUCUCCUGCUGGGUCAGAGUGGCUUUGAUGUUGGCAAGCACCUUCCUUCCUCUGGCUCCCCUCUGACCAGCAGGAUGGUGUUCGUGGAGCCGUCUAGUGUGAGGUAUUAUGUAGCUUCACUGACGUGCAGGUGAAUCAGAGGCUGUGCUCCUGAUACAGACACUAGAAUUGGCAUUUUUCUUUUUUUAAACAAUGGUGUGCAUGUGCGGGAGGCGCCAGACUGGCAUGUCAGGUUACACAGGACGUAUUCCUGAACUGCAUGACCGUUCAGAUGGCUACUGAGUUGUCAGUCGUUUCCCAUUCGUUAGCAUAUUUAUUUGUAUUUUUCUCAACAGAUGUUAAGGUACAACUGUGUUUUUCUUGCUGGUCUCUAAAAACCACAGUACUUAAAUCCCAACAGUCGUGAACAUGUCUCUUCUUACUUGUGAAAAGAGUGGUGUCGCCACUUCAGCUGAUUUUCUUAUGUACGAGAUCUGACUUCACUGCUUCACCUCAUUGGACUAAUCAGCCAGUGUCAACUCUACCCUGUACAAAACGAGCUCCUUCACAGUACUGUUCCCCCUCAGUGGCAUAGUUACCUAAUCAAGACACCUCAUUCAAACAAAACCUGCCUUUGGAAAAUUUAAUAUAUUUUAAAUUAUUUUAAAAGAAA